CCCACUCGAGAGCCGGUCUCUGCUGGCAGCUUCUUCCGGAGUGAUGUCUCACCGGAAGUUCUCAGCGCCCCGCCAUGGCUCCCUGGGCUUCCUGCCUCGGAAGCGUAGCAGCCGGCACCGGGGCAAGGUGAAGAGUUUCCCCAAGGAUGACCCCUCCAAGCCCGUGCACCUCACGGCCUUCCUGGGCUACAAGGCGGGCAUGACCCACAUUGUUCGGGAGGUCGACAGGCCUGGAUCCAAGGUGAACAAGAAGGAGGUGGUAGAGGCCGUGACGAUCGUGGAGACCCCACCCAUGGUGGUGGUGGGCAUCGUAGGCUACGUGGAGACCCCGAGAGGCCUCCGCACCUUCAAGACCAUCUUCGCGGAGCACAUCAGUGACGAGUGCAAGAGGCGCUUCUACAAGAAUUGGCAUAAGUCCAAGAAGAAGGCUUUCACCAAGUACUGCAAGAAGUGGCAGGAUGAAGACGGCAAGCGCCAGCUGGGGAAGGACCUGGCCAGCAUGAAGAAGUACUGCCAGGUCAUCCGGGUCAUUGCCCACACGCAGAUGCGCCUGCUGCCCCUGCGCCAGAAGAAGGCACACUUGAUGGAGAUUCAGGUGAAUGGUGGCACCGUGGCUGAGAAGCUGGACUGGGCCCGUGAGCGGCUGGAACAGCAGGUCCCUGUGAACCAGGUGUUUGGCCAGGAUGAGAUGAUCGAUGUCAUCGGGGUGACCAAGGGCAAAGGCUACAAAGGGGUCACCAGCCGCUGGCACACCAAGAAGCUGCCCCGCAAGACCCACCGUGGACUGCGGAAGGUGGCCUGUAUCGGAGCCUGGCAUCCUGCCCGCGUGGCCUUCUCCGUGGCUAGGGCUGGGCAGAAAGGCUACCACCACCGCACCGAGAUCAACAAGAAGAUUUACAAGAUCGGCCAGGGCUACCUCAUCAAGGAUGGCAAGCUGAUCAAGAACAACGCGUCUACUGACUACGAUCUGUCCGACAAGAGCAUCAACCCUCUGGGCGGCUUUGUCCACUACGGGGAAGUGACCAACGACUUCGUGAUGCUGAAAGGCUGCGUGGUGGGGACCAAAAAGCGAGUUCUGACGCUGCGCAAGUCCCUUCUGGUGCAGACCAAGCGCCGGGCCCUGGAGAAGAUAGACCUCAAGUUCAUCGAUACCACCUCCAAGUUUGGCCAUGGCCGCUUCCAGACAGUGGAGGAGAAGAAAGCUUUCAUGGGACCACUCAAGAAGGACCGAAUCGCCAAGGAAGAGGGCGCCUAACUUGCAGCUUCUCAAUAAACCUUUCUUACUCA